GCGCUUCGGCGAGUAGUCCACAACGACCCCUCUUCUUCUCCGUCACAGGCGACACAUCAUUCGUCUUGUAGCUGAAUUUUUUGCGUGUUUUGGUCUCGCUUGCCCUCUUUUGCAUUACGGCGAAGGACAGUCAGAACAAAAACAGUAUCAAUGGCGAGUUCAUCCACACAAGUGAAGUCUCUGACGGAGGAAGAUGUUCGCACCGCGUCGAAGCAGUACGACGUCAUGUUCAUCUUCCAAGCCAGUCUUCCUCGCCAGGGACUGUACCAGAUCGAUCCUAGCGCUUUCUUGCGCUGUCAGUCGCUUCAGGUGGUCGAUCUGUCGGGAAACAAGCUCACCACUCUAGUUGGCUUAGAACCCGUUGCGGCGCAGCUAACCUUUCUCAACGCUGCGGAAAACAGCAUAAUUGAUCUCGCAGCUCUCGUCCAAUGCACUGCGUUAGAAUACUGCCAUCUCGAAGGAAACGAGCUGGGCUCUGUUGCCGCCCUGCAAGUGCUCGUCUCUUUGCCGCGCCUGGUGGAGCUUGUCCUGCAGCGGACGGUGCCGCUUGCCCUGUCAGAUCCGCAUGACACUCUGUUACUCGAUAACCCUGUGUGCCGGAACAGAGAAUUGUAUGAAACUGGUUUCUUAAGGCAGGUGUCCCACAUUCGGUGGGUGGACGGCGUGCCGAGCUUUCUGCGGUGCAAGCUGCUGGCGUCCGCAGAGAGUCGAGGCGACAGCGAGGCUGGCAAUGAGACGUCGAACGAAGCGCUGUUGGCCUCGGCCGCUGCGUCUCAUGAGACGACGUUGCGGAACAUGAUGGCUGACAACCUCGAGGAGGCCAAGCUACGGGAGGUGCUGGCCGAAGCGGCCAAAAAGUGCACAAAGGCUUCUCAGGCGUAG